AACUCCAACCAUUUAUACCCACCCCUCCCUUUCCUUCUAUCUCUCUCUCUCCCAUCAAAUCUUUGUAUUUGUCCCAGGGAGAGGGAGAGAGAUCUGGUUCUGGUGCCGAGGGGUUUGGUAGGUUGCGGUGAAGAUCUUGAUGAACUGAAAAGGGGAGGAAUCCCACUUCAUGUUCAUCUCCAUCUUCCUCUCCUCCAUUCCUCUCUGCCGGAUCUCCUCUCUUGUUUACUCUUUUAUCAUUUGUUCUGUGUACCACCUCUGACAGGUCUUCAGCUUACGUAUUUUUGGUGUUGGUGUGGGUCACCAAACCCCAGCCCAUUUCCCAACCAGUCGCAUCAUCUCUCACCAUCAUUCCACUUGCCCUCCAAGAUUUAAUCGAUAGCUAAUUUCUUCCUCAUAUUGGUAGCAAAAAGGCCUUGGAUCCUUCCUCGUAGCCUUCGGGGCAUUAUCUGAGGAGAGGAGACCCAGAAACCCAAUCUCAGGCAAGUUCAGGUUAUUUAGUCUGGCAAAAGAUUGAGUUUUGGGUGUCUACGGUUCUGCCUUCCUCUGGAUCCGUCCAAUACCUGCUUUGAAGUUUUAGUGGGUUUCAUCGCGUCAGCAAUACCCAGUAUAGAUAAAGGAUCAUUCCUUGUUUGAUCCGCAAAUUUUUAUCAAAUUGUUGCUUUUCUUGUAGCAAUUGGGCCUUUUGUAUAUUUAUUUAAUCUUCCUGCGGAGCACCCAAUCAUCCCAUCUUGAGAAUAUCUUCUUUUCCCUUAUCUGAUGCUUUUCUUCCUUGCAUCUUUCUUCCCCCUCCUCUUCCUCCUCUUCAAGUCUCUCCCUUUUCGGCCCCUGCCUUCAUGGGCAAGUGAGGUGACAUUGCUCUCCAACUUGUUCUGGCAGGAAUUCUUGUAUUCUCUGGUGAAAUCAUUGAGAAAUUGUAGCUUGGCUGGUGCUCGAAUCCUUAGUAUUUCCUCGAGGAUGACUUCCAAAAGGAGGUGUGCCCCUGGAGUAGAAAUUGAGGAGUCGUCGGUGGAGAUGUCGGUCUUGGAUUUGCCGGAAUUGGCCUUGGAGUGCAUUCUGGGGAAGCUGUCACCGGCCGGGUUGUGCAACAUGGCGGCCGUGUGUAGCUCUUUGAGGGAUAGGUGUAGGAGUGAUUACCUGUGGGAGAGGCACAUGAAAGAGAAAUGGGGGAGGGUGAUCGGCGGAGUGGCACACAGAGAUUGGCAGUUGUAUACGGCCUCGAGGAAGGUCUCCUCAGGCGGCGGCGUUGGGAGCACAAAGCAGAAGAAGUGGAUCGGGGCUCUCUCUUGUGUCUGGCCUCUUUCUUGGAUCAAGUCUAGGAUUGAGAGCAGCAGCAAACCAAGCAACCCUUUGCCUGAUGACUCCAUCAUGUCUUGGUAUCUGUCACUGGAGAACGGCAAAUUUUGGUUCCCUGCUCAGGUUUACAAUCGCGAGCAUGGGCAUGUGGGAUUUAUGCUAUCAUGUUAUGAUGCUGAAAUUAGUUACGAUUGCCACACAGACACCUUUCAUGCAAGGUACCCACCACAUGGGCGACGGGCUAUAGUCAUAGAGGAAGGAUUGCAAUGGGAAAGGAUAAGAGCACCACCAGUUGAUACUCCUGCGCAUGAUCUUCAUAUUUCUGAUUGUCUGAAUGAUUUACACCCAGGCGAUCAUAUAGAGAUUCAGUGGAGAAGGAAUAAAGAAUUUCCAUAUGGCUGGUGGUAUGGAGUCGUGGGUCACUUGGAGACAUGUGAUGGAAAUGAACAUUUCUGCCGUUGUCGUAAUAACGACACAAUCAUAUUAGAGUUCGACCAGUACACACCUGGUUCAAGAUGGAGGCAGGCAUCAAUAAACCGGAAAGAUCAUCGGGAAGAAGGCAAUGAAACAGAUGGGUUUUAUGGAGGAAUAAGGAAACUUCGUAGCAAGAAUGAAAUUGCUAAGUGGAAACAGAUGUGGCCAACUGAGGUCCUGGAAUAGAUUCUCAUUAUCUGAGCAUAACACCACAUUGCAAGGCCCUGAUGCUUUUCCUUCUGCUCAUGUUAUCUCUCCAUCUGAACCGAGAUCAUGAAACUAUUUCACCUCUCUCUGUCAACUGCUAAAAAGAAUUUAGGAUUAAAAGAUGGCUUUGUAGCUAGAAAUAGCCUAUGGUUUUAUUUUGGUACCAGCGGAUGUCGUGCUCCAUUUUUCUUUUGGUUGGUGGGGAACCCCAGCCAAUUCAUGUAACUCCAGGUCCUUGCAGAUACCACUGUUUUGAUUGUAGAAUGAAAGCAAAUCAAUUGUAAAUUACAUAUUAAUUUACCUUUUAUUGCCACGUUGGUCUCCAAGAAUUUCAUCACUCAA